UCACAUUUACAACUUUCAAAUUUCCCACCAGUUCCGUCCCCCAUAUGUCCCGACGUCGCAGGGAAGGGAACCCAGAAGACAGAUGCCGGCAUCGGCCAGAGGACAUUUCCAGGGACACUGCAGGAGGGACAUCGCGGGAGCGAAGGACAAGGUAAGUGAAGAAGAGAUCCCAGAGCAGCGCUGCAGGGUAUUCCAGAGUGUAGCUCAGGGUUACCGCUUGUGGUGCUGAAACUUUACCCCGAGCUACACUCGGGAAUAGCGCCAGGGAGGUUAAUGUAUACAGUCUUGUCCUUCGCUCCCACGAUGU